GUGCUCUUCUUGUACAAAACAGCUUUUCAGGCCCGCAGAGAGAUCAGGGGCUUCUGUGAAGUCACCCCCCAACCUUCUGUUGUUCAGAGAUGCUGAAGUAUUGGUUCUCGAGAGGGGAGCGGGUCGGUGGGCUCGGGGCUGCCCUGACCAAGGACUACCGACUGGGCGGCUUGAGCAGCGGACAUUCACUUUCUCACAUGGCUCUGGAGGCUGGAGGCCUGACCCCAAGGUACCAGCAGGGCAUAACCUUCAGUAGCAGAACAAAUCAGGCCAGCUAGCAAGCUGCCAAGUCCUGUGGGCUCCUUGUCAAGGAAAACAGCUGACCCCAUUUCUAAUCAACCUCUCCCCACAUAGCUCUGCUGGGUCACUGAAGGAGACCAGACCAGAAUUUGAAACUUUCCAAAAACUUCCAAUAUACACUGAAUGCAAAAGGAUACUUACAUUGUCUUUGCAUAAAUCUGCUCUGUUUGGGAGAUAAGGGGGAGAAUCACCCAAGAAGUCACACGAACAGAUUCUACCUUGAACGCCUCUGCACAUAUAAUGGGUGAUGGUUAUAGAAACAGCCCAAACCUCUACCACAGUGCAAGAGAUAUAGCUCGAGAGGCGACCUGGCAGUCCCGGAACCAAGGAAUGGAUGACUACAAGUAUCAGGACAACUAUGAGGGGUAUGCCCCCAAUGAUGGCUAUUACCGUGGCAAUGAGUCCAACCCAGAGGAGGAUGCACAGAGCGAUGUUACAGAAGGCCAUGACGAGGAGGAUGAGAUCUAUGAGGGCGAGUACCAGGGCAUCCCUCACCCAGAUGAUGUCAAGCCCAAGCAGGCCAAGAUGGCACCCUCCAGGGCAGAUGGCCUUCGGGGCCAGGCCGACCUGAUGGCCGAGAGGAUGGAAGAUGAGGAGCAGUUGGCCCACCAGUAUGAGACCAUCAUUGAUGAGUGUGGCCAUGGGCGUUUCCAAUGGAUCCUCUUUUUUGUCUUGGGUUUGGCUCUGAUGGCUGAUGGGGUGGAGGUGUUCGUGGUGAGUUUUGUCCUGCCCAGUGCAGAGAAGGACAUGUGUCUGUCCAGUUCCAAAAAAGGAAUGCUUGGCCAAAUUGGCAAUGUCAGUAACGAUUUCACGCCUCUUGGUCUCUCUACCACGUCAGUUUCUGGCAACCUCAUUAACAGAGCUGCAGCAUGGAAGUGGAUCCGGGUGGUAGAUGAUGGGAAGGUCUCCAGGGACCAGCAUUUCCACACGCUGUUUCAUCUGACCUUCAUGGUCACCAUGGCGGUUAGAGGAGUUUCACCCCAUUUGUACCUGUCAGGGAACAUGGAGAGCUAUAUCCUAGGUUACAUAGAAAUUGCUGGAGCUGAGAUUUUAACCCAGGUCCCAUUGAUGUAUAUUCCAGUUAUAUGUAAAAAAAUCAUUCAAAGAAUUGACGUUAAAGACACGAUUGACUAUUCCAGUAGUAAAGACAUCACUGAUCGCCCCGGGUGUGAUGUGGCAACAGAGAUACUCAAACUAUCAUCCUUGGAUACUCCUAAUGAAACACUUCAAAGAGGCAAGGUUUCCCACAUCAAAACUCCCAAGCAAAUGGAUGAAUUCAUUGAGAUCCAGAGUUCAACAGGAACUUGGUACCAACGCUGGCUGGUCAGGUUCAAGACCACUUUCAAGCAGGUCUGGGAUAAUGCUCUGUACUGUGUGAUGGGGCCCUACAGGAUGAACACGCUGAUUCUGUCUGUGGUCUGGUUCACCAUGGCUUUAAGCUACUACGGACUGACAGUUUGGUUCCCUGAUAUGAUCCGGUAUUUUCAAGACGAAGCAUACAAGUCCAAAAUGAAGGUGUUUUUCGGUGAGCACGUGUAUGGCGCCACCAUCAACUUCACGAUGGAGAAUCAGAUUCAUCAACAUGGGAAACUUGUGAAUGACAAGUUCACAAAGAUGUAUUUUAAACAUGUACUUUUUGAGGACACAUUCUUUGACGAGUGCUAUUUUGAAGACGUUACAUCUACUGAUACCUAUUUCAAAAAUUGCACCAUUGAAUCGACCAUCUUCUACAACACAG